CUUGACACAGGUCACUGAAUCCAAGGCGACCUAUGGAGGAAGAAUUGAGAUGUCAGUGGCAACCUCUAGUGGUUCUUAUCAGUGUCCUUAUAAGAGGAAAGCCGAGGGAGACCUGACUGCAGAUGAGAAGGGGCAAUGUCUGAACAAGAGCGCAUACAGGAAUGCCUGAGGAAGGAAAUAAGGUCACUUCUCAUUUCCGCCAAAGAUGGUUUGACCCCCCAGCAGUUGGAAAAGGAGUACCUUUUGAUGGUUGGCAACCACUUACCACUCCGAAUCCUUGGGUAUCGUUCCACUAUGGAGCUGAUGUUGGACAUGCCUGAUGUUGUAAGCGUCUGCCCUGGUGGGGAUGGCACUGUCAUACUAAAAGCCAUUCCAGAUGAAUACACCAAAGGAAUAGCAAGUUUAGUUGCAAGACAGAGGAGCAGCCAUAAGGUUCAAAACUCUGUGCAGAAAGGAAGGGCCAUUGUUUGCUCUGGGCCAACCUCUCUUCGGCGAGUACCUUACCGAGGAAGGGUGCCCCCUAUUCUUCCAGCUGUUGUGAAGAGUGAGUUGAAGGACCUCCUGGCGUUAUCUCCUGUUCUCCUUUCUGAUUUUGACAAGGCAUUUGCCAAGCGAUUUGGACGCUCCUUCCAGUACAUGCAGUACGGGUUCCUAUCUAUGUUUGAAGUGCUGAAUGCUGCUUCAGAUGUCAUUUCUGUAGAGCAGACCAGAGCAGGUUCUUUGUUAAUGCUAAAGAAGAGCGUAUCAGAGGAAAAGCAGAGAGGAUGGCCAGCAGGAAAAUUUUUUACCCAGCGUUUUAGAAUGAAACAAGAAGGGUCAUAUCCCCCAGGCUCUCCGGUAGCAAAGGCACGCUUUUCACAACCCACUACAAACAUGGAAGCACCGAAGCAAAUAUUAAACAUGGAAAAGACUUCUAAGAUAAAUGUAGUGGAGACUUCAAGGCUGAAUCACACUGAAAAUUUAAACCAGUUGGAGAACACCUUCAAAUCAGUUAUUGCUCAAAUUGGACCUGGAGGGACUAUCAAUCCAGAACUAAAACAUAAGAUAAAAUUUGUUGUGUCCAAGUUUCCAGAGGGUUUGCUUAUUUCUAAACUGCUUGGAGAGUUUGAGGUAAUUUUUAAAGAGCAACUUUCACUAAAAAAAUUGGGCUUCUUAAACGUGACUGAGCUUGUUGGAGCUCUUAGUGACAUUCUCUAUGUUGAGUUCAGGGAAGGAGAACAAGACUUACUGGUGUUUGAUGCUGAUAUGAAGCCUCUACCAACUGAUGGAGCUGUUUCAUCAGUCGGAAAUUCAUGUUUAGUUCAAUCAGAGAAGAAAAUAGAAGCCAAAAGUUAUGUGUCCAGUCCCCCUAGAAAUUCACUGUCUACUGCUGCUAUCAAAGAGACCACAUGGAAUUGCUCUUUUGAAAACCAUAAAGGGCCGGAACAGAAGAUUCUCAAGAAGCCUAAUCUGGUGCAAGUCGAAAUUGACAAGUCACAGCUCAGCCUGGCGAUGGCAAGUUAUGAUGUGCCACCAGAUGCUGUGCAGGACAAGCAGUUACGCAGACUGCCACCGUUAGACACCAGCACCCUCGUGGGGGUCUUUGUGGAGUAUGUCAUCUCUCCUAGUCAGUUCUACAUCCGAACUUAUAGCAGAGAUUCCUCAGAGCUACUUGAAGACAUGAUGAUUGAAAUGCGGCGCUGUUACUCUAAUCAGCUGGUUUCUGAUCGAUACACCAUGCCAGACUAUUUUGUCCAACCCGGACACCUGUGCUGUGUAAGGAUUUCGGAGGAUAAGUGGUGGUAUCGGGUCAUUAUCCAUCGAGUCCUUGGGAAACAGGAAGUGGAAGUGUUCUACCCAGACUUUGGGAAUAUAGGAACCGUUCAGAAGUCCUCCCUCAGGUUCCUCAAGUGCUGCUACACAAAGCUGCCAGCUCAGGCUAUCCCUUGUUCUUUGGCUUGGGUGAGACCAGUAGAGGAACAUUGGACAUCCAGAGCUAUUUUGCAAUUUCAGAAGUUGUGUGGUUUGAAGCCAUUAGUGGGAGUAGUGGAUGAAUAUGUAGAUGGAAUCCUUAACAUUUUUCUGUGUGAUACAUCCUCAAAUGAAGACAUCUAUUUCCAUCAUGUCUUGAGAACAGAAGGCCAUGCUAUUGUAUGCCGAGAAAAUGUCCCUUCUAAGGGUUUCAAAGAACUCAACCCUUUAGCUUUAUACACUAAAUCCAGUGCAGGGCCAGACGAUGUUGUCUUGACAGAACUGGGUUAUCCUUCCUACCAGCACUAUUUUAAUGAAGACCGAGAGAUAAGUCCACAAUUGAAAGAGAGUGAUUUAUAUACCCUGCAAGAUAUUAAUGAUGAAAAGACUUUCAUUCAUCGUAAAUCUGAGUCAGAGAAGCCAUUAAAGGAUUCUGAAUUCAAUUCUUUGAAAACCCAAGAUAAGAGCUGUAAAGAAGAUUCAAAGUGGUUCACCCCAGAGCUAAAGGAUCUGAAGGAAGAAAAUGAGGAUGAGAUCCCCACUGGAAUGCCAUGCCUGGAGUCAGUGACCAUAGGUGAUGAUAUCUGGGAUGAGAACUGGGUACCUUUGCAAACUAAAAUGGCAAAAGGAGGUGAUGCUGCCGCCCGCUUGUUUACCUCCAGCCUUGGUGGAAGGAAGCCGUAUCUGUCAUGUAAAGAAGUGCCAGAGAAGGAUUGGUGUUUUUCUACACCCAAAGAUGUGUGGGAUGAUUCAUGGCAGCCUGCAGGCCUUGUGGAUAGAACGAAAGUAGAAGCUCAAACACCAGAAGGACUAGGUGCUCAGGAAGAAAACAGUGGGACAACCAGGAUUCAAGAGCAGCCACACUUAAAGGAUCCUUCGGAUUCUUCCCCAUUGCCCAAACUGGAGGAGUUCUGCAUCUCUUUUAUCCAGUCACACCACUCAGCAGACCGGAGCCAGUUGGAGCCUAAAAACGUUCACCCUCAGCCAAAGCAAGUUCAGUUUUCCACGGCAGCACUCAAUUCAACUCCUACAGUGUUUGAUGCCCCAGAAAAGCAUUCUGGUUCUGUGGAAAGCUCUCCAAAGAGCCUAAAGAAUGAAGAUUUUUCUAGUAGCCAUGCUAUUACAGUGUUCAAAGAUAACAGUCAUGGAGCCGUGGACCAGCUCUCUUUGAUUUUGUCUCCUGAGCACCAGAUUUCUCAGAAAUUCUACAUUCCUCGAAGUACAGCCACUGCUGCCUUAGGAGCUGCUGCCCGGUUAGCCACAUCCAGGAGCUUCCUGCACUGGUACCCCAGUGUGAAACGGAUGGAAGCGUGA